GGAACAGGGAAAUACGGUGUGGAGUUGAGGACAGGGGAGCAGAGCUCGAAAUACCCACUCUGGUUAUUCUCAAGUCCAAGUCAGAUUAAUGGAUUAGACUUUUGAUACUCACACCUUCGACUACUCAUCUCACCACGCCAACGGCCAACCUAACUCUCCUAAUUCUGCCCGGACCGAUCUCCCUCUUUCCUUGUUUUUUUUUUCUAUUCCAAACUUUUGCUUUGUACCUAUUCGCUCUCCACCUAGGGUUUACUGUUCCAGCUCAAAAUUCGAAAGGUAUUUGUUGGGCCGAAUUUGCUUGCUUCUGCUAUUUCAAUCAGUGUUUUGGUUGAAUGAUAGCGUAGUCAUCCAUGCCAUAGAGGGAAGAGAAUGAACUGGAAAUCUUGUUUUGCUUAUUCAUCUACUUAGGUUAGAUGGCCUGUAGCGUAUGAAAUUGGUUUGAGAUCAACGUUGGUUAUGGUAGUGGCAACCUGAAUUGAGUUGCAGACUCUUAUAUUCACAUAUAAGACUACACGCUCAAAUGGUUCCUUUAGGAGAAGAAAGUGUAGCAGCUGAAGUUCUGGACAAGCAGCAACAGACCGAGAGAAACAAUACUGGAAAUCAUGUGUCACAAGAGAUCUGUGGGACUGAUGUUUCCAUACCAGAAUCAGAUAAAAGUGGGAAAUUAACAUGUAUAAAACCUGGAAAAACAGAGUCAGUGCGAGGUUCUGCACUUGAUGCAUUCAAUUUGAGUCAACUUGGAAAAUCUUCCCCUAAAAUAUCCAUGAAAGCAUCAAAAGUCCCUGAAACUGGAGUCCGAACCUCACAAUCUGGUCAGGAAGGAAGCACUCCAUCGAUAGUUCGUGAGAAAGUGUCUGAGGACGGAUAUAACUGGAGAAAAUAUGGCCAGAAGCUUGUGAAGGGAAAUGAAUAUGUGCGAAGUUACUAUAGAUGUACCCAUCCAAACUGUCUGGUCAAAAAGCAAUUGGAAUGUUCACAUGAAGGGAAGAUUGUCAAUAUUGUUUACUUUGGUCAGCAUGAUCAUCCAAAACUUCAGCAUAACAACCCAGUGGCUGUUGGUUUCGCUUUGUCUGUUGUUGAAGAGAAACAAAAUGGGGCGGCCUCGUUAAACCCUGCUAAAGGAACAUCAGUAGAUGAGCAUAGGAAACCAUCCACUCAAAAUGAGCAUGUACAUACUCCUCUGAUUCCGAAAAUUGCAGCUUUGGCUUCUAAUGAUAGUUCAAAGUCUACACUUUCUCAAUCGACUAAGAUAAAAGAUGAUAGCGAUGAUGAUCCAGACUCCAAGCGACAAAAGAAAGACAGACAUUGUAGCAAAACAACCACUGAAGAUAAACCAACCUCAACCAGUGGGCCACGAGUUGUUGUUCAGACUCUAAGUGAGGUUGAUAUCGUGAAUGAUGGGUUUAGGUGGCGUAAAUAUGGACAGAAAAUGGUGAAAGGAAAUCUGAAUCCAAGGAGUUACUAUAGAUGCUCAAAUUCUGGAUGCCCUGUUAAGAAACAUGUGGAAAGGGCAUCUUAUGACACAAAACUGGUGAUGGCCACAUAUGAAGGACAACACAAUCAUGACAUGCCACCCGGAAGGACUGUCACCCAUAAUGUAUCCGAAUUAAGUGCCCCUCCAACUGCAGAUCAAGUUGACAACACUGCCAAGUCAGAUGGUAAAACUGCCUCUCUUGAUAUGGGUGUUAGUACCAUAUUGGAACAUGAAAGUAAACCACCCAAAGAACAACCAAAUGGUGAGUUACAAACUAGAUCAUCACCAAACACACCUGACUCCAACACGGCCAUAGAAUCUUGCCCCACCCUCGAUGGUAAACCAGAUGAACAACAAAAUGUUAAGUCGGGUGUCAAAGAAGAAAGGGGUCCCCUUCAAAAUGUUGCCGUUGAAUCGGGCAAUGACAAUAAAAGUUCGAGCUGUACAAGUUGGAUAAAGAGCCAGCAAAAUGGGGAGUCAGGUAUUGUUAAGUCAAAACCUAACCAGGUUGUUGAUAACAAACUGGGUCUUGAAAGCCACCAUAAUACAAGUGAGCCAUUUAAGCCAGACGGUAGAAAACAUCAACAACUGAGUCAGUGAUAUAUCAAUCAAGUUCCUGUAAUUUACAUGGAGACCUUAAAUGAUGUUAAUAUGUCGGGUUAUGCAUAUUGGUAUUGGGCGUUUCUUCAUCGCUUUCCCUUGUCUAUUCGUCCAAGUGAGGUUCUACUUUGGAUGUGGGGAAGUAGCUAGUAUGUUAAAAAAAAAAAAAAGCAUGUAUUGGAAAUAUAUCUCUGUGUGUAGAUUUAGAUUAUCUAUGUUAACUGGAAUAAAAGAUUUAACAUUUUAGAUUGUAUAAGGCACAUAAUUUAUGGAUAUUACAUUGUCCAUUUGUAAUCUACCCCAACGUUCUUGAAAACCCAAAACUUAGAAGAGAUUUAUGAGAAAGUUGAAACUGUCUUGGUGUAGGGUUUAAGGUUUCAGAGAUGAAAUUGGACUUACAGAAUCCUUAGUAAAUAAUUUCUUCGCUGGGAAUA